AUGUACAAAAUUUCAGCGUCGAUGUCUUUCGAGAUGGAUACGGAGAUGAAGGAUGCCAAUGAUGCUACGAUUCCCGAUCCCUACAGUGGAGGAGCUGCGUACCGUGAGAGAGGAGAACCAGAUGAAGAAAAACUAGAGAAAGGAAAUUGGGCAGAAGAGCCGCAACGCACGCCAGCUUUCAAAGGAUUCGCACUCGCCACACCUGCCGCCCCGAAGCAAUCAGCGCGUCUCGCCAGAGUAGAAGUCUGGAAGCAAAAGAUAGAGGAAAAGAGAGCACGCAAGAAGUUGACGAUGCGAAUGGAAGCAGCGAGCAUUGUACCAACUCUCUCGGUAUCAGCACCUCCCGCAUCUCUCAUAAAAGGUGCCGACAAAGCCGCACUAAGAAAAGCCCGAAAACUUGCCAACAAAGAAAUAUAUAAGGUGGAAAUAGCCGCAGCAAAAGCAUGCAGAGAGCUCGAACAGAAGAAAGAAUUGGCCUCGGUUCAGGAUCCAUUGGAGACUAGUACACAACCUUGUGAGACUCGUUCUCAAUCUCUUACAUUAGCAGCACCUCUUCUACCAUUAUCCCCAGGGUCAAUGUAUAAGGGUGGGCAGGGAUCCGUGAGUUCUGACGCAAGCAACAAGGCCGAAGGAGAAAGAGGGCAGGAUAUUGAUGAGGAAAUGUAUGGAGGCUCGUAUGUGAAUGAGUACGAUGAUGCGUAUUGCGAAGAUCUUGACGUGUAUCGGUGCGCGAAUGUGUACGUGUAUGAUGGCCUUGGUUUUGAAAGUCGUCCACGCAAAACCAAGAGGGGUGGUGCCAAACGACGUAAAAGCAAGCAGAAAGCAGCAGAACUUCGAGCUUCGUUGCAAGAGCACGGGCUACUUUCUACUUCAUCUUAUCAGCAGCCUGCACAGGAGAUUUCCACUCGAACUUUUUUGAAUUGUGAUACCAUAGCUCUUGAUCCCAACUCAAGCGACAAGCAGCAGGAAGAACAAGAUCUGGAAGCAUGUGGGGGAAGUAUUAAUUCUGGAGAUGAUCCGCAGCAACAACGUCUAGAACAUAUCGAUGCUUUACGGAAGAACAUCAUGUCACGCAAAACUUCGUUGCAGGCGCGGGGACUGCUCCCUGUUUCUCCUUCUCAGCAACUUGUCCAAGAAGGAUUCACUCGAUCUGUAUCAGACACUGUAAACGCGGCUUCUAGUUUUCAUUCGAGCAACAAGCAGGAAGAAGAAAGGGGGCAGAAAACGGAUGAGGAAAAGGAUGAGGAAUGUCUUAGUUCUGGAGCCGGUCCGCAGAAGAAGCGUAGAAAACGGAGUCCCUCUUCAUUUAAGAGACUUAAGACAUUCCAAGCGGCGUUGGAAAAAAGGAAAGAACUGAAGUUGGUGAAGGCACAGCAGGAUAUAUCAAAAGAGCAGGGAUCACAUGAAUUAAUAGCAUCCCCUUCUCAGAAGCCCAUGCAGGACACUUCUACGAUCGAUCAAAGAAAGCAUGGAAGCAAUGAUGUAUCCUCGCAUGAGCAAGAGAAGGCUGUUACGCAGGAGGUGAAUCGCACGUCAAUAUCAACAGUGCCAAAGGAGAUUAUGUUGUUGAUAGAGAGGGAGAAGGAACGAAGGCGGAAAUCAUUGGCACUAGAAAACCCUAAUUUAAUAAAAGAUGGGCAACAGGAGCAGAGCCGAGAACUAUCAGGACCGGAGGACAUUAAAGUAUCGGCCGUUAAAGUAUUAACGGAAAAGACGACAUCGAAUAACACCACCAAAACUAGAAAUGCAAUUCGAGAAAAGAUGAUUGAGAAGCUAGCGGCGGCACAUCAAACUGCGUUGCAAAAGCAGGGCUUGCAAUUGCAUGUAGCUUCUCCUUCUCAGCAGCCUUUUCAGGAGAAUUGCAUGCCUGUAAGUCAUGAGGUACCACAGCUUGCGCACGAGCAAGAGCACUUUGCUAUAGAGGAGGAAGACGGGGAGUCGCUUUCUGUACCGAAAGAUGUUGGAGCUAUACUGAAGAAUUCGAAGCGGAGAAUCGACACUAGAAUUAGAGAUGUAACAGAGGAGACUAGGUCGAGACCCGCUGCCGACGUUAAGUAUCUAUCAGAAGAGACUAGACCAAAAAUCAUCCCCGACACCAUCACCAAUAUCUCGCCGGGAAUGUAUUCGGGAAUGUCUUCGGUACCGCAAGACAUAGGAGCCAUACCUGAAUAUUCAAGGCUGAGACUCGACACUGUGGUUGAAUACGCAGAAAAGGAGGAUGUCACAGGAAUGUUUUCAGUACCAAAGGACAUUGGAAAUAUAUUGGACAAUGCGAGAAGGAGGAUCGACACCAGAACCGGAUUUGUAAUGGACGAGACGAGAUCGAGAAGCAUCAUGAAUGCUAAAGAUCUCUUAGUACCAGAGGAUGUUCGGCUGCCACCCAAAACUAAUAUCAAUGUCUUGCCUAUUUCGAAACAACUAGCUGAUUUCCUAGCCAUGGAUCUACGACGGGACUUUGCUGUGUCGAAAACGGGAUUUGUGGAUGUUGGUGAGGAGAAGAGAAGUAGGUGA